UAAUCGGCCGAUCAUAAUGCCAUUCAACAUAACGUAAUAGCUUUGAUCGGUCUGGAGUCAGUGUCGCCGGGGUGACAUAGCAUAAAUGAUGUUGAAGUAAGGGUGUUGUUUCUGAGGUUACCAGCCAACGUUCGAAGAUCUUGGAAACCGCCAGGAGCGCAUCCAGAAUGUUCACAGAAUGAACUUACUCGUGAAAUUUUGACCAUUAUACAAGUGGACGCCUUGUCGCCACAACCGCAUAAAACGUCGAGUGAUACUGCUUCAAUAAUCGAGCCAGCAUCCCUGGAAAUCAUUUUAUAUUCUAAUGACGCGUAUUAUGUCAUUGAUUAAAACAAUUAUUCAAAUAUCCUAAUCGAAAUAUUCUUGAUAGAAGAGUGAUGGUUUACCACCUCAUCCUCAUGGGAUAUUGAGGAUUCAUCUUUUUUUCCGCAAUUCGAAAGUCAUCGUCAUCAAUGUAAAGGACAGAUUCAAAGGAAUAUUGUCGCGAUUGACGGGAGUUACUUCAACUUGUGGAUCUAUUGAAUGACCAUUGAUCACCUUUUAUUACAGUUUAAUUUGACGUAAUUCCACUGACUGUGGAUUUGCUGUUACGAGAUGCCUUUGGCUGCGGAGCCGUUCACCUUCACCUGGUCGCUUCCAGCACUGAACUGCAGACAUGGUGUUUCUCCCGAAGAGGCCAACUUCCAAGACGAGUUCUUCCAGAAGGUCAAAGAGACCAAGACCACCCUCGACCGCAUCUACCUGUCAUCGCUCACAAGAAACAGGGAAAAGGCAAUCAUUUACGACUACGAGAAAUGGGCGCGAAAAGACGGGAAGCCGGUCGAAAAGAAGUCUGAGGACGUGUCGCAGGCGUCUGCGUCGAAGCACCGACAACGUCCAGCUCGUGGACCUGUACGUCCGCUUGGGGUUGACGACCGGAAGAUUGAAGCGGCGUUGCAAUGUGGCCUCUGGGACGAUUCGAGACCCCGACAGAAGAAGAAAAGUCUUAGGAUGCCGCACAUCAUGAGUCGCGUCCAAUGCUACGAUUUCGAUGAUGACUACCAGGGUGACGUGGAAAGGUCGCAUCAAGAGGGUUGCACUUACUCUCUGGACAGCUCGAAAGUGUUUAGAGUGAUUCAAGAGGAGACCAGAGACCAGGCAAAUAGGAGACUGAAAAAGGGUAAAUGCGGCGGUUGGAAACCUAAGAAACAGGCGCGACAGGUCUCCCCGUCAAUGAUCGACUCCGUGGAUGAGUCCGACGAUGAUUACUCAUCGUCGGUCAGAGUAACCAUUGAGGAGGAGCACUCCAAAAGACGCGGUGGUGUCGUGACGAAGGUGACGCACAGACAAAAGCUGGGCUUCUCGACGAUCAAAAAGCGCGGGGUUAUGCAGAGCGAUACUGUCGAGUAUCGCCUACCAAAACUGAACAGCAAACCGAUCAUCACAGAGAUUGUAGCAGAGGAACCUAAAGGGGAACAUGAUCACACCGAAAAUGUGGUGAAACUUCCUCUUCUUGAGGGUGUCAAGAAGAAGCCAUCGGCGGAAAAGCCGAAGAAGAAAGUCAAACACUGCAAGAAGCUUUCAAGAAUGAAAAGAAAGAAAAAGUUGGAAAGGGAAAAGGAGAAUGACGAAUCAUCAAUCGGGUUGAUCACCGAUGACGAAGUUGAGACCGAGCUUAGCAUAAAGACACCGGUCUUGGAGGAAGUCUCGAACAAGCUAUCCGAUAUAUCUCGAGGAAAGGGCGACGACAUCGACUCUAAGACCACCAAGAAUAAGCUGGUGUGCAAGAAGACAAUCGAUGAGGAUGCCUUGAGUGAAUACCCAUUCAUGGCAAUGGGGAUUGACGAUUUAUCAUCGGAUGAAGAAUGUCUCUGUGACGAAUGUCUCGCGGAAAUGUCAUCUUCAGCGAAACCAAAAUUGGACAAGAAGCCUAUCAAAUCCAUUCUGUCACCAAGACGACGGAGACGGACAACGUCGUCCGGAAGCGCCAAGAGCGUGAGUUUUGCCAAGACUGAGAAUCUAGAGGACAUUCGGUUGAUAUCACCUCUUGCUGUUCGGAAUGAAAACAUGAAAAAACUAGAGGAUGAGGAGCGACGGGAGAGGUUGAAACAAAAGGAUAUAAAAAGGCGGGAAAGACGGCAGCGAGAGCGGGAGAGGUUUGCUGCACUGUAUAAGAAAUCGAUGAAAAAGGCAGAGGCUCAACAAAAAGUCAAAGACAUUCAGGAGAAAAUCAAAGACAUUUCUAAAACAAUGUCAACAUGUCCUGAGUCCAAGCCUCCUUUAACCUCAAUCAGUCAAGAUACUAUCACAACAAGCCAUGACAGUAUAGAUUGUAGUGAGAAUGAUGCUUCUCUUUCGGGGGAAAAGGAGGACCACAAUGACAGAGACAAUGAUCUGCUGUCUCUGGGUGAUAAAAUGGAUGGCGACAGUGGGUUCGAAGACGGUACCCCGAGGUCUCCGACACCGAAUUCCGACGUCCACGAAGUCGAAGCUCUUCUGCUCGACCCUCAAGACGGUCGAUUAUACGAGGAUGUUGUCUUAGAAAAAGGCAACGGGAAGAUCACCGUAGCUCAACUCGGGUAUCGAAUCAAAAGUAUCUUUGAUCGUGAUCUACCAACCCCUGCUCCGCCCAAACCGCCUCCGACAGCUACGACAAAAUCCGACGUCGUCGACCACGAAAUUGAGAAGUCACCGGCGGAGGACGAGGAUGACGAGAAGGACAAGGCGUUUGUCACGAAAUGCGUCGAUUGGAACGAAACGACGGAAUCGGCGAGUACGUCCAGAUCCGCCACGCCAGUUGAGAAGGAAGAUAUGUCGGAUUUCAUCAUGUCGAUGAAGAACUGCCGCUAUAUUAGGUGGAGUAAGAGCUACCAGGAUAUGUUAGAAAAGAUGGAGAAAUGAAACAAAGCGAUAUCAAUUACUGUACUUGUUAGAAUCAGUUACGAGGAAGAAGAAACAUUCCCCCAAGUUGUUUAUUAUAAUUCAUCUUUAUGAAUUACCUUUGAUGUCUCCUUAAAAUAUUCAUCGCUUAUCAUAUUGAUUUUUUUAUUAAUUCGUGUGUUUUUUACAUCUUUUCUUCCAAUUGAAUAACGCUCCCCCUGUGAUCAUUACCCCUGAGGGCAGCCACCCCAUUUCACAAAAAGAGGUGGAGUGGGUCGGCAAAUUUUUGGCAAGUUAUUUUGAAGCCGUAAAAAAAAUAUCACAUAAAUUCAAUUCAGUUGCUUUUCCAUUAAAACUCAGAGUCAACGAUACCCCUGACAACUACCCAGAACGACAAUUAAUCUACUGCACAUAUGCCCAUGUUACCUAUCCAAUUGCAACUACUCCUAUACUUCUUUUAAAGAGUUGGAUAAGUAUCUUCCAUAUUAACCCUAAUAAGACUGGGGGCUGAAUCAGCCCCCGUCUUUUUAGGUGUCGAAAUAGCCCAGUCUAUUUAGGGUUAAAGCAACUCAAAAUAUUUUAGAAAGCACCGAUAUGAAGUCCGAUGAAUAACAUCCCUUUAAUGACCCCAUAAACACUUAAACCGGGAAAGAAGAAACUAAUUCUGUAUGUCAUGAAACUAAACUGAACGAUGACGAUUUGAAGUGGCAGUAUGACGAUAUAUAUUCUUUCAUAAGAAAACUGGAAUGAUUAAAUUAGAAAAAAAGGUUUAGGUACUUGAAAUCAUCGAUUCGUGCAAAAACUGAAACACUUAUCCAACAGUAUGUAUACAAUAUACAAUUCAUUUAGCGAAAUCAUUUUUAAUUGUACAGCUGAUAGAUAAUUCUUUUAGUUUUUCAUCGACUGUCAAAACAUGUGACAUUGAUAUCAUUUCAAUGUUUAUAAUACACUUAACUACACCCAUUUUCAUCUUCGUCAUCAUCAUCGUUGUUAAUAUUCUCAUCAUCAUUAUCAUCAGGUGGUUUACACCAAACAACUUUGAUUGCAAUGGUGACUAUAUUUUUUAAAACAAGUGCACACCUAGUUAUCAAGAAUACGUAUGGCACUUCCAUUUAGUUGGAUGCAGGAUAAAAGAGCAUUUUUGAUAUACACCUUUGUUUCAGAAGAUGAUGCCCUCUAUAGCCGUGACAACGACUUGAGAGAGAAAAAAAAUAAGACUAAAAAAAAAAAUCGUAUUUGGUAUAAUUAUUUUAGUUUUUCAUUGACCCUCAAAACAUGUGACAUUGACUAUCAUUGCAAUGUUUACAAAACAGUAUACCCAUUACCAUCUUCAUCGUCGUCAUUAACAUUCUCAUCAUCAUUAUCAUUACCAUCAUCAUCAUAACAAUAAUAAGAAUAAUCAUCAUCCAUCAUCAUCAUCACCACCAACACCACCACCACCACUACCAUCGUCAUCAUCACCAUCGUCAUCAUUAUCACCAGCACCACUAUUAUCCUCCUCCGUAUUAUCAUACUCAUCAUCACCAUCAUCAUCAUCAUCAUCCAUCAUCAUCAUCAUCAUCGUCAUCAUCCAUCAUCAUCAUCAUCAUCGUCAUCAUCCAUUAUCAUUCCCAAUUUCCCAUCAUCGUAGUCACAUCUUUACCACCACCACCACUACUACUUUUAUUAUUGUUAUACUAUCAAGGAUGAAAGUUGAAAUAGUGAUGUUCACAAGUCAUCACUCGUUUCAGAAAAAAAUACUGCUUAACAAUGUUUUAUAUGUAAUAAACAUGAUGAGGUAUAUAAACAAUUAA